AUGUUGGCACGCAGUUUGGGAUACAGAUUCAUAUCGACCAGUCGUGUUCUAUUCAAUAAGCCUGCAGUUAAAUCAGUGGUGUCAUCAUGUCCUGCGGGAACAUCACUAAAUUUAAACAUAUGGAAAAGCGGUAAGGACGCAGUGGCACUGGAAGACAAGGAAUAUCCAAACUGGUUAUGGGGGAUAUUGAAUAAUGAGCAGACCGUUGAGCAUACAACAAAAGAUCCGGAGGGUGAGGCUUUAUUAAAAAGAAGAAAGAACAUCAGGAAGGCCAACAGACAGCGAAUCAAACAGAACAAUUUCCUAAGCCAGCUCUGA